GAGAGAGAGAGAGAGAGAGCAAAUGCAAAUGAGUGGGCGAAACGUAAAUGUAAACUCAGUUUUCUACGCGGAGGCGUAUCAUCCGGUUCAAGCGGGAAGCAUAGACGGCACCGACAUUCUCCCUCACGACAACGCUGUCUACAGAGCCUUCCUUUGCUCCUCCGCUGGCCUCUAUGACCCCUUGGGCGAUCCCAAGCUCAUCGGCGAUCCUUAUUGCACCCUCUUCGUCGGUCACCUCUCUCACCUCACCACCGAACAAUCUCUUCGCAAGGCUUUGAGCAAGUAUGGUCGAGUGAAGGACUUGCGCUUGGUCAGGCACAUUGUAACUGGUGCCUCACGCGGCUAUGCGUUUGUUGAAUAUGAAACCGAAAGGGAGAUGCAGCGUGCAUAUAAGGAAGCUCACCAUUCCUUUAUUGAUGAUUCUGAAGUUAUAGUUGAUUACAACAGACAGCAGUUGAUGCCAGGUUGGAUUCCAAGAAGAUUAGGAGGGGGUCUUGGUGGUAAGAAGGAAUCUGGACAACUUCGUUUUGGAGGACGUGAAAGACCAUUUCGAGCUCCCUUGCGUUCAAUCCCAUAUGAUGAUUUAGAGAGACUCGGGAUCCCACCUCCUCCAGAAGGAAGAUACAUGUCACGCUAUCAGGUCCCAUCCCCACCCAGAAGGAAAAGGAGCUCUGUGGAUAGGGAGGAAGGUAUUCAUAAAAGGUCCAUGGAGAGGGGAGCGAACAUGCGCAAAAGCAGUCCUGUGGAGAAGGAAGAAAGGUCUCACAAAAGAUCUAUGGACCCAGAGGACCAUUCAUUCAAAAGGAGCUCUGUUGAGACAGAACACCAUCGCAACAGGAGCUCUGUUGACAGAGCAGAGCGCUCUCACAAGAGGACCUCGAGGGAUAGGGAUGAUCGUUCUCACAAGCGGCACAAGUCCCAUCGCCAUGAGAGAUCCACUAGCCAUGAUCACUAUUAAGAUUUGCAAUUGGGAAAGGCACCAAGGAGUUAUAGAAAGACCCACUAAGGAGAGGAGUCACUACUAGUGAUAAAUAUCAGUAUGCGAACAGCAAGGUGCUUGCUUAAGACCCUGCUGGAACACUAAAGAACUAGUGAUCAAGCACAAUUUGGCCAGGAGCUAGUUGUGAUCCGGAUUCAAGUCAAAACAUAGGCAUGAGUUAAAUGCCUUAACUGUUAAGCAUAACAGUCCAAAAUAGUUUACAAUCCUGCAAAGUUAACCAACCCAUUUCUCAUCCUGUUUACUCAUAUGUGAAAGCUAGCACCAAGGCUUCAGGAUUUAGGUUAGAGCAGGACUGUGGCUUUGUUGGUGAUGCAGAUGGCUGCUGUGGAAUUGACUAUACGAAUAUUUUGAACUUGUUUUA